AUGUCUGACGUUCGUGUUAAUUUCGCUAUUGAGCCUCCUGCAGAGGACGAAAAUGAGUGGUUUGCACCGCCAGCUCCACUUCUAGCUGGUGCUCACGUCGCUGGCUUGCAAUCGUACUAUGAUAUGUACAAAGACUCGAUAAAUAAUGUUGAUGAGUUCUGGAGGACCGUUGCGAAGCAAUUAUGCUUUGAAAAGGAGUCUGAAAAGGGUUUGGAAUGGAAUUUCGAUUCUCAUAAAGGCAACGUAUUUGUCAGGUAUAUGGAUGGUGCACGUACUAACAUUGCAUAUAACUGUUUGGAACGUAACAUUCGCAACGGUUAUGGACACCGUACUGCCUACAUGUGGGAGGGCAAUGAACCAGGGGAUAGUUGUUCAAUUAGUUAUCAGGAACUGCUUGAUAAAGUUAUAGCUUUCUCUGCUGUUUUACGUUCUCGUGGAGUUAAAAAGGGGGAUGUUGUUGCAAUUUAUCUUCCGAUGAUUUUGGAAUUACCAAUUGCUAUGUUAGCAUGUGCGCGUAUAGGUGCAGUUCAUUCGGUUGUGUUCGCUGGUUACAGCGCCGAUGCUCUUGCGACUCGAAUUUUACAAGCAAAGUCUCGUAUUUUGAUAACCGCUGAUAUUUAUUUCCGUGGGAAAAAACUGAUUCCUAUUAAAUCUGUGGCGAAUCAAGCUGUUGCUGGCCUGCCUUUAAAGACGGUAAUUGUUGUGCGUCAUGCCCAUCGAAUUCGUCGUCCAAAUGGGAACGUCAUACCUGAAGUAGUUUUUGAUCCCGACAGGGAUGUUUUUUGGGAGGAUGAGAUGUCACGAGUUGCUGGUACCGGGUCUCCUGUGGAGUGGUGCGAGUCCGAAGAUCCUUUAUUUAUUCUUUAUACAUCAGGUUCGACGGGAAAACCUAAAGGCCUAGUUCAUUCAACAGCUGGUUACAUGCUUUAUGCAUAUGCUACCACGAAAUUUAUUUUCGACGCUCACGUUUCUGACAUUUACUGGUGUACUGCGGACUGCGGGUGGAUUACUGGGCAUUCCUAUUUGGUUUACGGACCACUUCUCAAUGGUUUAACGUCAGUGAUGUUUGAAGGCAUUCCAACUUAUCCAACGCCUUCACGGAUGUGGCAGAUUGUUGAGAAAUAUAAAGUAACGACUUUGUACACGGCACCCACUGCGAUUCGAGCUUUGAUGGGAUUUGGGAAUAGUUAUGUAGAUAGGCAUGACAGGUCAUCACUUCGAAUUUUAGGUUCAGUGGGCGAACCAAUAAAUCCUGAUGCUUGGCGAUGGUUCUACAAUGUUGCUGGGGAGAAACACUGUGCUGUCGUUGACACUUAUUGGCAAACUGAGACCGGAGGACAUAUGAUAGCGCCUUUACCAGGAGCAACCUAUACCAAACCUGGCAGCGCUACUCUGCCAUUUUUUGGUGUAGAAGUGGCGAUACUUGAUGAUAUGGGACGUGAGAUAGAAGGGCCGGGUGAAGGCAACCUGUGUUUUAAACGUGCCUGGCCAGGGAUCGCGCGAACUAUUUUUGGAGACCACUUGCGUUAUGAAGAAACCUAUUUCAACCCGUUUCGUGGUCACUUCUUCACAGGAGAUGGUGCUCGACGGGAUGACGAUGGAUAUAUUUGGAUAACUGGUCGUGUAGAUGACUUGAUGAAUGUGUCUGGUCAUUUGCUUUCCACUGCUGAAAUUGAAGGCGCUUUAGCAUCGGAUCCUAGUGUUGUAGAAGCAGCUGUUGUUGCUGCCCCGCAUGAUAUCAAGGGGAGUUUCCCAUACGCAUUUGUGCAUAUGCGUAAUGGAGAGAGAUUAACUGACGAAAAAUCUGAUUCGUUAAAGUUACUUGUUCGCAAAAAGAUAGGAGCAAUUGCUGUCCCAGAUAUCAUCCAAGAAGCUCCAGGACUUCCAAAAACUCGUUCAGGUAAGGUGCCUCGCCGCAUUCUUCGUAAGAUUGCUGAGGGUAACAAGUCAGUUGAUCUGGGUGACACAUCGACGCUGAUUGAUGAAACUGUUAUUGAGAUGCUGUGGAGCGGUAGAGGAAUUACUCGUGCAGGCUAA